CCUAGAACAUCUACAAUGGUGACUAACAACAAGUUAGCCAUCGUUAUAUUCAUAGGUCUGAUAGCAACUCUAGCUGCUUUUGUUUCGGCUACCGACUUCAUUGUUGGAGACGAGUAUGGCUGGACUCUCAACUUCGACUACCAAGCAUGGGCCCAAGGGAAGAAGUUCGUCGUCGGAGACAAACUUGUAUUCAAGUACCCGGUUGGAAAACACAAUGUGUUCAAAGUCGAUGGAAAUGGUUUUAAAGGAUGUGUCGUGCCAGUUGCUAACGAGUCUUUGGCAAGUGGAUAUGAUGUGGUAACACUUACUACGCCAGGAAAGAAAUGGUACAUUUGUGGUGUUGGAAAACAUUGCGAGACGGGUGGGAUGAAGUUGGUUAUUGAUGUUUUGGCUUGGUCACCCGUACUACCGUUCCCGGUACCUGCACCCGCACCCGGCCCCGUGCCGUCUGGAAAGGUGUUUGUCGUCGGAGAUGACUAUGGCUGGACCCUCAACUUCGAUUACCAAGCUUGGGCCAAAGGGAAGGAGUUCGUCGUCGGAGACAAGCUUGUAUUCAAGUACCCGGUCGGGAAACACAAUGUGUUCAAGGUCGAUGGAAACGGUUUUAAAGGAUGUGUUGUGCCAGCUUCCAACGAGUCUUUGACAAGUGGAUAUGAUGUGAUAACACUUACUACGCCCGGAAAGAAAUGGUACAUUUGUGGUGUUGGAACACAUUGUGAGACAGGUGGAAUGAAGUUGGUUAUUGAUGUUUUGUCCUGGUCACCAGUACAACCUGUACCCGCACCUGCACCCGGCCCAGUACCGCUUGGAAACAUGUUCAUCGUCGGAGAUGACUAUGGCUGGACUCUCGACUUCGAUUACCAAGCCUGGGCCAAAGGGAAGGAAUUCGUAGUCGGAGACAAGCUUGUUUUUAUAUACCCGAAGGGGGCUCAUAACGUAUACAAAGUCAACGGAACUGACUUCCAACAAUGUACUAUUCCGGUUUCUGGUGAACCUCUAUCUAGUGGUUAUGAUUGGGUGACAUUGACGACCCCUGGAAGAAAAUGGUACAUUUGUGGUGUUGGAAAGCAUUGUCAAAAGGGCGGUAUGAAGCUUGUUAUUGACGUUCUUCCUCGAUCAACAUAUCCGCCUUCCCCAAGUCCAUGGGGUUCAUACAAAGCUAGACGUAUGGGAAACACACGAGUUCUUGGACGUGUGGCUUGAAAGCCUUUUCGGACCGUCUGUUUCUUGGUUAUAUUUCCAUAUUUAUGUUGUGUUGGACACUUAUGAUGUCUUCUUUAGCAUAUCAUUUAUAAACAUUCAUGUAUUGUUUAUGUUUCUAAAUUGUAUUACACAAUGGAGAAACAUAAGUUUCAUAGAUGAAAAAUAAUAUAUAUUUUUUUUAAUA